AUGUGCACUGUCACAAGGGCCAAAGUGGUCAUCUUAUUGCUGUUACUGGGAUCUUUACUUGCCAACAUUCCGCUAAUUAAAUUUGCUUCACCUUCGAUAAACGACUGCAACAUUGAUUUUGACUAUUUAGAGCAUGCUGCUAGAUUUAAUUUGGCUGAUACCAUAGUAUCUUUUUCGUUUCCUCUGGGUAUAAUUAUGAUAUUCAACAUCUGGAUCGUUGUGGGCGUUUACAAACGAGCACAUGAAAGGCGAGAGCUUCAUGUGGAGAGGGCAGCCUGGACAGAGUUUGGCUGCGACCGAGCGGCCAUGGCGGCGCGCGCGCUGCCGCCGCUACGCUCACAACACCGAGUCACACGAAUGCUGUUAAUUGUGUCAACAGUCUUCGUAGUCUUGAAUCUACCUGCUUAUACUAUGCGUCUGUUGGCUUACGCUUAUGAUUGGAGUUCCGGUGAAUACAGUGGCAGGUGGGCAGCGCUGCAGCAAUUGGCCUUGCUCUUUUUCAAUACAAAUUUUGGUAUUAACUUUAUCCUGUACUGCCUGACUGGUCAAAACUUCCGCCGUGAAUUAUGUCAAUCCAUCCCGUGCCUUCGAACGCGCGUCCGACGCGACGAAAUGCGCUUCACUUGCCGCAACGCUGCACGAACCGGCAGCGUCACAGCGUCGUACGUAAGCUGCAACGAAGCUAGCACAUCUGUGUCCGCGGCCAGGGAAGUGUCCGUGGGUGUGGACGCGCCGUGCAACGUGCGCCGCCAUCGCUCGGAGCCGUUCAUUGACCGCUGGAGUUUAGUGACCAGUCGGCCAUUGCGCCAACAGGAUCAGGCUGUCGGAGGCGACUCAACUCCCGCGGAGGACCUUGGCCAAGCGGCACCCGACGUAGUUCCUGCCGUCAGUCGCGAGGUCCAGGAAGCUGCUCCCAUGGAGAGGAGAAUACCAUACUUGUUUUUCCCCUACCGCAACUUAAUUGCUUCAAGAAGUGGGAGAAUAAAUCCCACAUCUGUAAUGUACCACCAUUAA